AUAUGUGUCGAUACACAAGGUAGCUAGGGAAAAACAUGUCUACAUUUAACGCUCUCCACUCAACCCUUUUGCCAUACUUCCGAACUACAGCUGUGAUUGCAGCUGGCCAACAACAACAAUGCAUCCACCUUCGUUUCGCUAUCAUUGUCGUUCACGGUUAAAGGGGCGUCUUAAGUAGUAGCACGAGAAAUCAUUUAUAAUCAGUUAAAGACCGGCAUUCGCUGUGAAACAGUUAAAUUUUGACUUGUACAAAUUGGGAAAGCCUAAAUAAAUACAUAUUUAUCGCAGCUACAUAUUAAAGUGGAGCAAAGAAAAAAAUAAGGCGAAAUAAUAAAGUGACUGCAUGCACAAGUGUUCUAUAAACUUGCAUAAAUAAAUAGCUAAUUGAAAAUCAUACACACAACACAUAAAAUUGAAUGUCUGCUCAGUUAAAUUGCAACUAAAAGCAAAAAUAAAAUGUUUUCGAAGUUAUUGCAAUUCUCUGUCUGCACAUUGUUAGUGUGCACCUUGCUGGUGGUAAGCAUGCCAACUGAAACGGAAAGCCGGCGUGUCAUCUUCUAUGCGCCACAACGCAUACAAAUUUUCACGUCACAGAUUUUAUCGGCGCGAGCGAAAGAAAAACCUUGUGCGAAGUGUCACAUGCGGGAUCAUCGCGGGAUUUGUCGACGUCUGCUGUCAUUCAACAGUAAUGGCAUUAAAUGUUAAAUUACUGCUGCGGUAAUUUUGCUGCGUCAAUGGAAUCUCCUUUCCUGUUCUUGUGAAAAACAGGGGUCGGUGCUUGCGUGUUUGUCUGACAUAAUCAAACACUGAUUAUAUUUACAUAUAAGCUGUACUAAUUUAUUCUAGAUUUAAAUGAAUAUGUAAAAUGUUUGAAGAGUUUUAGAC